GUACAAGUCAUCCUACAGCAUCAACACCAUAAAAGCAUCACAAUCCACAACAACACACACCAAUACACUUCACCUUUUACCACUUUAAAUCCUUCAAUAUGCAGUUCAAGACUCUUCUCGCUCUCCCCGUCCUCAGCGGCCUCGCUGCUGCCGCUCCCGCUGCCGACGCUGCCAAGACUCCCGGACCCUUCCAGAUCCUGGCUCUCCGCUCCGCCAGCGACAUCCACUUUGCGACCGUCAACGCCGCCAAGAGCAGCCUCUUCCUCCAUCUCCCUCACUCCAACGCUACCUGCGACACCAAGUCUGAUGGCGCUGCCACCUUCAGCUUGACCGAGGACGGGGAGCUGUACCUCUACUCUACCGACAACCCUCCCCAGAAGCUCUACGCCGACCGAUCUGGCAUGGGCCAGGGUAAGCUCGGAUACACCACUGGUGCUCAGCCUCCACCCAAGAACGGCGAGGUCAAGGGCUGGGUGAUUGACAAGGACGGCAACCUGUCCCUCGACGGCGCGAGCCUCCUCGCCUGCCCCAACAGCAUCGAGGGCGCCUGGAGCAUCUGGGUCUCCGCCGGUGUCGCCAACCCUGCUGGCAACGAGGGCUGCCUGGGAUUUUCUGCCCGCACCACUGAGGUUGAGAAGCCCAACAGCUGCACCUACACCUCGUAGAUGCGAUGAUGAGCAUGAUUCUGUAAAUUAGAUACCACGGACAAACCGACCUUUGUACAUUCUUACAACCUAUUGAUAACAGCCUCAUCUUAGACUCUUUCUGAGGCUGCUUAGCUCAAUCAGUAAAUACAACUGAAUGCAUGCAACCAUGGCACACUCACUGUGAC